UCCACGCAAGCAAAUCGUCUCUAUAGAAGCGAAGCGAUGCUGGUCACGUGCGCACCUCCACUCCUCGCCGCGCACUCCCACUCCCACCAGCGUCAGUUCCGAGGCAGGCUUCUUCCACCCUACUGCCCCCCUCCUCUCAGCUGCCUCAGCAGGAGCCCUCCGCCUGAGGCGGCGGCGACGAUGGCGUCGGCGUCCGCGUCCGCGUCCGCUGGGGACAUGGUCUGGGUGCCGAUACUGGAGGACGGCGUGUUCCGCUUCGACGCGUCGGAGGACGCGCGCGCCGCGGCGGGGCCCAGCCUCUCGUUCGCCGAGCCGCGGCGGCGGGAGGUGCGGCGCGAGGGAGGGGACUGCCCCGCGGUCUUGCCGGCGUGCGAGGUGGCGGGGAACGUCCAGAAGGUCGUGAUCAAGCUUCCUUCAGGGACGUCUUUAUAUGGCACGGGAGAAGCAAGUGGCCCACUUGAACGAACUGGGAAACGAGUUUUCACUUGGAACACAGAUGCAUGGGGUUUCGGACCCGGAACAACAUCGUUAUAUCAAUCACACCCAUGGGUGCUGGCUGUACUCCCUGAUGGAAGGGCAUUCGGUGUCCUUGCUGACACCACACGACGCUGUGAGAUUGACUUAAGACAAGAAUGUACUGUGAAGUUUUCCGCCCCAUCGGCCUACCCUCUCAUUACUUUUGGACCAUUUAAUUCACCAGCUGAAGUUAUGACAUCCUUGUCUCAUGCAAUUGGAACUGUGGCCAUGCCUCCAAAAUGGUCUCUUGGCUAUCAUCAAUGUCGUUGGAGCUAUGAUUCUUCUGAGAAAGUACUCAAGGUUGUCAGGACAUUUAGGGAGAAAGGCAUUCCUUGUGAUGUUGUUUGGAUGGAUAUUGACUAUAUGGAUGGUUUUAGAUGCUUCACAUUUGAUAGUAACCGUUUCCCUGAUCCAAAAUCUAUGGUCGAUGAUCUCCAUUCCAUCGGUUGCAAGUCAAUCUGGAUGCUUGACCCAGGAAUCAAGAAAGAGGAUGGUUACUUUGUAUAUGAGAGUGGUUCUAAAAAUGAUGUUUGGAUUAAAAAGGAAGAUCGCAGCCCAUUUAUUGGGGAGGUAUGGCCUGGUGAUUGUGUCUUUCCUGAUUUUACCAUUGAAAGAACACGCACAUGGUGGGCUAGUUUGGUAAAGGAUUUUGUCUCCGAUGGCGUCGAUGGAAUAUGGAAUGAUAUGAAUGAGCCCGCUGUGUUCAAAACUACUACGAAAACAAUGCCUGAAAGCAAUAUUCAUAGAGGAGACGAAGAUAUUGGUGGUGUCCAGAAUCAUUCUUACUAUCAUAAUGCAUAUGGAAUGCUAAUGGCAAGAUCUACGUAUGAAGGAAUGGCGCUGUCUAGUACAGAAAAACGACCAUUUGUUCUUACACGAGCUGGUUUUAUAGGAAGCCAGCGCUAUGCUGCAACCUGGACUGGUGACAAUCUAUCAAAUUGGGACCAUAUGCACAUGAGUCUACCAAUGGUUCUUCAGUUGGGUCUCAGUGGUCAGCCAUUGUCAGGUCCUGAUAUUGGUGGGUUUGCUGGAAAUGCUACUCCAAAACUUUUUGGAAGAUGGAUGGGAGUGGGUGCACUGUUUCCAUUUUCACGAGGCCAUUCUGAAACUGGAAGCAUUGACCAUGAGCCAUGGUCCUUUGGGGAAGAGUGCGAGGAAGUUUGCCGUCUUGCGCUGCUAAGACGGUAUCGGCUACUGCCACACAUCUACACGCUAUUUUACCUUUCGCACAAGAAGGGUACCCCUGUUGCUGCUCCACUUUUCUUUGCUGACUCGCAAGAUCCAGAAUUGAGGAAAAUAGAGACUUCAUUUCUCCUGGGACCACUUUUAAUCUGUGCAAGCACUGUACCUACUAAAGGAGCUCAUGAAUGUGUACAUAAGUUGCCAAAAGGUGUUUGGUCACCUUUUGAUUUUGGAGAUUCCCACCCUGAUCUGCCGGUGAUGUAUUUACAUGGUGGAGCAAUACUUCCUGUAGGCCUUCCUAUUAAGCAUGUUGGUGAAGCAAGUUUAGAGGAUGAUUUAUCUCUACUUGUCUCGCUGGAUGAAAAUGGUAAAGCUGAGGGUAUUCUAUUUGAAGAUGCUGGGGAUGGAUACGGGUUCACACAGGGAAACUACCUCUUGACAUAUUAUGUUGCCGAAGUCCACUCAUCAGUGGUUUCUGUGAAAGUUCUAAAAACUGAAGGAUCCUGGAAGAGACCCAAACGUAACUUAAACAUAAGUAUAUUACUUGGUGGAGGUGCUAUGAUAAGCUCACGUGGUGAUGAUGGUGAAGAAAUACAUCUUACAAUGCCUUCUCAAUCUGAAGUAUCCACCUUAGUUGCAACAAGUGAACUUGAGCUCAAGAGACGUUUGGAGAUGAUUCGGCCAAUACCUGAUAUCGAUGAACCGUCAGGACAGGAAGGUGCUGAGCUCUCCAAAAUACCUGUUGAUUUGAAGAGUGGAGACUGGUUGCUUAAGGUUGUACCAUGGAUUGGCGGUCGUAUAAUUUCGAUGACACAUCUUCCUACUGAUUCCCAGUGGCUUCAUAGCAGGAUUGAAAUCAAUGGUUAUGAAGAAUACAGUGGGACUGAAUAUAGGUCUGCUGGCUGCACAGAAGAGUACAAAGUAGUCAAGAGGUAUCUUGAGCAAUCAGGAGAGGAGGAAUCUAUCUGUUUGGAAGGAGAUAUUGGGGGUGGUCUGGUUCUUGAGCGCCACAUAUCCAUUCUGCAAGAUAAUGCAAAGAUUGUACAAAUUGAUUCUAGCAUUCAAGCAAGAAGUGUUGGUGCUGGCUCUGGUGGGUUUUCAAGGUUGGUAUGUUUGCGAGUGCAUCCUACUUUCACUCUUCUCCACCCAACUGAGGUGGUUGUUGCUUUCACGGCCAUCAAUGGUUCAAAGCAAGAGGUCUCCCCUGAAUCUGCAGAAGUAACAUUUGAGGGAGACCUCCGGCCAAAUGGGGAAUGGAUGCUAGUGGACAAAUGUGCAGGGCUGAGUUUGGUAAAUCGUUUUGAGAUCAGUCAGGUUAGCAAAUGUUUGGUGCACUGGGGAACAGGUGAUUUGAACAUGGAGCUUUGGUCGGAGGAAAGGCCAGUUUCUAAGGAUACACCAUUGAGGAUUUGCCACCACUACGAGCUGAGACAAACAAGCUAAUUAAGACCUGUUUGUUUGAACGACAAGCAGCUGGAGCUGGAUAACUGGUGAAAUAUUAAAAUGAUGCUUGACAAACUAAAUCUUAGGAAGGCUGGUGGGAAACAAGACUGUAUGAUGAAGACGAUUUUUAAGUACUGACAUUAAGCUUUAUAUUAGCACAAAUUAUAUAUUUAAUUCGGAUGUUAGGGAAAAAUUAAAUUUUAUGUUUUAAGUAAUGAAACAAGAUAAUGUUUAAGACCUGAUA